GCCCCCGCCGCCGCCGCCGCCCCGCUGCCAUCGGCGGCUCCCGGCGCCGCCGCUCGCAGCUCGCUCCCGGGCCCGCCGCAACGCGGGGCUGGCGGGGCGAGCCGCCCCCCCCGCCGCCCCCGCCGCCCGCGCCGCUCCCCUGCCCGGCUCGCCGGCCCCGGGCGCGGGGGAGCGGCGGAGCCCGCCGCCCGCCGGGUGCAUGGACAGGAGCUCCCUGCUGCAGCUCAUCCAGGAGCAGCUCGACCCCGAAAAUACCGGUUUCAUCGGGGUGGAGACGUUCGCCAGCCUCGUGCACAGCCAUGAGCUGCCCCUGGACCCCGCCAAGCUGGACAUGCUGGUGGCCCUGGCACAGGGCAACGACGAGGGGCAGGUCUGCUAUCAGGAGCUGGUAGACCUGAUCAGCAGCAAGCGCUCGAGCAGCUUCAAACGUGCCAUUGCCAACGGGCAGCGAGCCCUGCCCCGCGACGUGCUGCUGGACGAGACCGGCCUGGGCUUCUACAAGCGCUUCGUUCGCUACGUGGCCUAUGAGAUCCUGCCCUGCGAGAUGGACCGGCGCUGGUACUUCUACCAGCACCGCACGUGUCCACCCCCUGUCUUCAUGGCAGCUGUCACCCUCACCCAGAUCAUCGUGUUCCUCUGCUACGGGGCCCGGCUGAACAAGUGGGUGCUGCAGACCUACCACCCCGAGUACAUGAAGAGCCCCCUGGUCUACCACCCUGGGCACCGGGCACGCGCCUGGCGCUUCCUCACCUACAUGUUCAUGCACGUGGGGCUGGAGCAGCUGGGGUUCAACGCCCUCCUGCAGCUGAUGAUCGGGGUGCCCCUGGAGAUGGUGCACGGCAUCUUGCGCAUCAGCUUCCUCUACCUGGCCGGUGUCCUGGCAGGCUCCCUCACUGUCUCCAUCACUGACAUGCGGGCCCCCCUGGUUGGGGGCUCGGGGGGCGUCUACGCACUCUGCUCGGCACACCUUGCCAACGUUGUCAUGAACUGGGCCGGGAUGCGCUGCCCCUACAAGCUGCUGCGGAUGGUGCUGGCGCUGGUGUGCAGUGAGUACCCGGCCGUGCCCCCCACCCCGGGGGGUACCCAGGGAGUGGGGGCUGUGGUGGGGGGGGGGGCUCAGCACCUCCCGGCCCUGUCUUACAGUGAGCUCGGAGGUGGGUCGUGCCGUCUGGCUCCGCUUCUCGCCCCCACUGCCGGCCUCGGGCCCCCAGCCCAGCUUCAUGGCCCACCUGGCCGGGGCCAUCGUGGGCAUCAGCAUGGGGCUGACCAUCCUGCGCAGCUACGAGGAGAGCCUGCAGGACCAGUGUGGCUGGUGGGUGCUGCUCCUCUCCUACGGCACCUUCCUCCUCUUCGCCGUCUUCUGGAACAUCUUUGCCUACGACCUGCUGGGGGCACAGAUCCCCCCGCCGCCAUAACACCCCCCCACCCCACCCCAUCAACCCCUGUAUUUAUUUAAUUUAUUUAUUUUUGUUUUCUAACGCUGGCCAAGCCCGGUGGAGGGGGGGUCCCCGCGCGUGACAUGGGGACAGGUCACCCCCCUGCCCGCCUGCCCCCUCGGUGCUAGCGAGCGCGCCGCCCCCCCCAUGGGCUGUGUGUCCCCCCUCUCUACACCCUAGCAGGCCCCCGCCCCGCUGUGACCCCCCCCCAGGAUGCUUCAGCCCUGCCCUGGCAUCGUGAACCCCCCCUGGGGUGCCCGCAGGGCUCAGGAUGUGCCCCCCGGGAAGGAGCCCAGUGCGGGGGGGACACCCCCUGCUUGCUCCUGUACCCCCCUUUUCCAGGAUGGGGGCCGACUCGUUGCCCCCCAGGACCUGCACUUUCACAUGAAGGACUGGUGCCAAAAUAGGAGCGAUUUAUUUUUCUACGCCAAAAUAAAUAUAAAUAAAAGAGAGAGAAAAGGCGAAGGAGCCCUGGGGAGCCCCGCAGGCAGGUGCCAGCUGAGCCCCCCCCGCGCCCCGGCCCCCCCGCUUUGCUGCCCUCCCCCCGCAGGGGGCUCGCCCCGGGAUGGGGGCACGGGGGGGCCCCGCUCCGACCCCCCCCCUCCCACCCCCCCCCUCAGACCUUUUUGGAGUAUAAAUAAAUAUU